AUGCUGAAGGUCUCCAGCCUCUUCGUUCUCCUCUGUGGGCUUCUUGCUUUAUCCUCUGCUCAAGAAGUCCUGUCUGUUUCUUCCCGGAUCACUGAUGCUUUGACCCAAGGACUCCUCAGCGUGGGCUUUUUCUCCAACCUGCAGACAAUUGAACUCCAAGGAUCACUGAAGAACAUCUUUGGCCAAGCAGCAGGCCUCCUGGACAUCAACAGUGAGAGCAAUGUCAUGAUACAUCUGGAAGACCCUCGACUCCUUCAAGUCUUCCUCCAGAACUCCCACAAUAACAAGGAGGCUGAGUUAGUGGUAGCGCUGGCAUUUUCUGUGCAUGCAAACCUCCCGGUGCUUAAUCUCCUCGUAUUUCCAGUGAGGACAAAUAUAAAAGUCCAGCUUCGUUUGGAGAAGGGUGUAAACGGCAGAUACCUACUCACCUUUGGGAAUUGCAGGCUCAGUCCUGAGAACGUAUGGAUCCAACCUGGAAGUUUGUGA